AUGGUGAAUGUCGCAACAUUCGUUAUUUCAACGCUAUGUAAUACGCCGUUCCGGACGAGCAAGCCAUUCAAUCCGCUGUGGUGUGAGACUUUCGAAAUGGACAGAACCUACGAUCGUGGAUGGCGGGCCAUUGCUGAACAGGUGAGCCAUCAUCCGCCGAUCAGUGCAAUUCAUGCGGAAGGAAAUGGAUGGAUUUUGGAUGAGGACAUGUGCGUACGGUCUAAUUUUCAAGCGACAGCCAUGAAAAUUUUUCCAGAGGGCACGAUUAGCAUUUUCUUCCCAGCUACGCACUCAUUUUAUCACUGGACAAUGAAAGAUAUUAAAACCUGUGUCAAAGGAUUUAUUAUUGGGCCGAUAACUGUUCAUAACGAAGGCGAUUGCGUUAUCAAGGAUGGACGAGUGAUAUGGACGAGGAAAGCUCCACCACCAGAAUCGGAAUUGAUGUAUAAUUUCACGGCUAUGGCUAUUGAGCUUAAUGAACCAGAAGAGGGCGUCGCACCAACGGAUUCUCGACUUCGGCCGGACAUGCGUCUAAUGGAGAAUGGCGACUGGGCGGCGGCAAAUGAUGAAAAAGCGCGUUUGGAAGAAAAGCAACGUGCUGACACGAAAAAGUACCAAGUAAUGCGUCUUGAAACAGACAUUCAGCUUCAGAUUACCAUUGUGAUUGAAUAA